AUGACUAAGCAGCAGGAGCCGAAGAUCGUCCGCUCAGCCACCAUCGACCCUCUCCUGCCCUUUUCGAUCCGCACUCCAGCCGCAGCCAAUAUUCGAAAUUACAGGGUCUGUGAUCAGUCGCUACGACUUGCCUCAGCUGCAAAGCUAGCGCAGAAUUCUUUCACGGUCUUUGGCAUGCGACGCAGAACUGAUUGA